AUGGCUAAAGGUACCAGGGGCAAACCUUCAGUUAUCAGGCCAUCGUACGACGAUGAUUCAGGAUCGGAUGGAGAGCUUGCCAAUGUGUUACAGGCGCGAGAUGAGCCAUCCGAUGGCGAUGACGAUGACAUGGACAGCAUUUCAUUUGGGGCAUUAAACGCAGCACAACGGAAAUUGGAUCAAAAAGCGAGCAAAAAGAAGGGAGGAAAGGCCCAGAGGAGGAGGAGUGAUGGAGAUCGCGACAACAGCGAUGACAGUGAUGGUGAUUCUGAUGGCUCGGAGGAAGAAGGAGACUUUUUUGAGACGAGCGAUGACAAUGAUCAAGGAUAUAAUAAGGGCAAAUCAAGUGGUAGGAACCCACGGAAACAGGUACAGAAGAAGAAGAGCAAGCAUGCACCCUCGGAGUCCUCGUCUAAGAGGCCAGUGUCGAAAGUCCGUGAUAUCGGGGGUUUGGAAAGCAAAAGUAUGUACAGAGACAUAAGAUUUGACCCUGCGUACGGUAAGGCCAACUUGGACGAGGUUCGUAAGAACUACUCGUUUUUGGACGACUAUAGACAGCAAGAGGUUCAGGAAAUGGAGCAGGUUCUCAAGAAAGACAGGAACUUAUCGCACUUCAACAAGCAGAAGCUUGAAUUUAAAGUCCAGUCGUUGAAAUCGAGAUUAGAUACGUUGAAUAACAGAGAUUUGGAAAAUAAGAUCCUCUCGGAGCACAAGAAGGAACAACUAGCCAAAUUCAAGAGCGGCAGCCAAGCCAAUCCAUACUUCUUGAAGAAGUCCGAUAAAAGGAAAUUAAUCCAAAAGGCUAAGUUCGACAACAUGAAGACGUCUCAAAGAGAAAAGGUCAUGGAGCGUAAGAGAAAGAGAAGAUUAGGAAAGGAAUUUAAGGAAUUAGAAUUCAAUCGUCAUUAG